UAAGAACAAUGUAACCAGACCAUAUUUAAUUAAGUAUUUGAAAUAUUCAAAUAUGGAGUGAAGGAAUCUAGUAAUGCUUAUCCCUUUUGCAUGUUUCAUUGAAAUUAUCCAAGGGACAUGUCAAUCUGACUAAUUUUUGUAUUAAAAUUAAACUCAGUUGAUUUCUUGGAUGGUUAGUCCAAUUAAUUAAGCUCUUGAGUAGUCUUUCAUAUCUUUAUAUUAAAUAGUUUUUAAUGAAAAGAUGAGAUGUGUAGUUUAAAUUGUGCAAACUGCUUUGUUUCAUAUGAAUUUGGGGAUUACUUUGAAAUUGUGUGACAAUUGAACAUGUCUGAUGAACAAGGUACAUCACAAGAAGCAUUAUCUGAGUUUCAAGAAGGAAGUAAUUUAGAAAUUGUUGAAAUACAAUGUGACAAGGGUCUUCAAGAGGAAACACCAGUCCUGUAUGACGCAAAUGGCGAUUACCAAAAUGUUUCUUGUAUGGAAAUUGUCGACGAAUCGGGGAAGAGCAAUGUGCUGGAUUUGCUUAACAUGACCCUCAUCAAAUGUUACACCGCAGAGGGUGAAUCCUAUCGUUUGGUGGCGAGCAAUUCUGAGUGUGACGACUCGGAGGCAGUGACGUGUAUAUUGUCAAACGAAGGAGAUGAUCAAGAACAAUUUGUGGUUGUGGACGAAAAUGAUAUAUAUCUACAAGACGAAUAUGCUGAAAACGAUGAAAAUCCAAAAACAGAGACCGUGAACCAGCAACCGAGCCCGGAAUGGAUAUUGGAAAAGGCGAAAGCGUAUCAGCAAUCGAAGUCUCUUCUAGCCAGCCUUCAAAGGCGUGAAAGUAAAGGCCGCAGACGCAAAGGUGAACUGCCACCUCCACACGAAUUACUAACAUCCCCGACUUUCAAAUUGUAUCUGUAUUCGUGUAAAAUGUGCAAUUUUAAAUGUAAUGCGAUUAAGGAGUUGCAGGCGCAUCGGGCCGCUGAACAUAUUGGCGGGAAUUCAUACCGCGGUAGAAAUUCUACAAUAGCUCUGCAAUGCCCAAAGUGUCCAUACAGGGCACACACUCAUGGCCAGCUGUCAAAACACUUAACUCAAAGUCACGUUAAACGCGAGACAGAUGUGACCUACAGCGAAGCGAUAAAUUUGGACACAGACGAAGUCAAUGCAGCCGAUGUUUUGGUCUGUGGCGCGUGCGGGUUCGAAUCCCCGUCGAAGGAGGUUUUCCGAACUCACAUACAGAAGGAGCAUGGCGCUAUGGCUUGUUAAGAAAUAAUGGAAAUACUGUCUAAUUUAAUCUUACUUAAGUAAUCUACACAAAGCAUAAAAGGUGUACCACAGGGCUCUCACCUAGAGCCAAUACUAUUUCAUAUAUAUGUAAAUGAUGUAGUAACCUUUUUAGGCAUUCUAAUGAGUAUAUGUGUCCAGAUGAUCUCAAGUUAUGUCGUGUAGUAGCUUCGAGGUUAACCUCUUCUUUUUGUAGAACGGACAGGAGGCUCACCUGCUGUUAGGCUGGUUUUAGUAUCACGCUGAAUGCACACUCACUGUCGGCCGAAAUAUAUGAACGCGUUUUUGAAUGACGCCUAGCUGUCGGCGCUGAUCAUCGCACGAGCGCCUCUGCCUUCAGUGAGCGUUCUAGUAUCGAGAUGACCGGACGUCGUCAGCGUGUAGUCAUGGCGAAUCGUGAACCGAAUACAAGUCGAGUCAUUGAGAUACACCUGAGAAAGAAAUUGUGGAUCCAUCCGAUCCACGCUACAAAAAUAAAGACGCAAUCAAAGCCUGGGAGGAUAUUGUCGAAAAUGUUUCUGGAGAAGAAAAAUGGAUGAACACGGAGUCUUGGUCGCUGAUUUUUAUUUAUUUGGCGUAGGUUGUACAAAGCAGCAAUAAUUAAUACACUCCGCAUUUUUGGCCGUCAUCUGUACACUACUGAAACGAAAACUUUACGAGAUUAAAACCAGCUUUAAGGCCAGGUUAAGACAAGUGUAACGUGUAAUGUAAGGCCGCGUAUCGACUAUGCGCUCCUGGAGCGCGCGCCUUGGAUUGCCGCUCCGAGAGAAAGUUCCACGGAACGCGUUCCAAAUAUUUGAAGUUUAUAAACUAAGCGCGCGGCAACUGUUACAGUGUUGACAUCAUGACAACAUGAUGAUUAAAAAAGAGUGGCGGAGAGUUUAUUGCCAGUUCUUCUCUUCCGUUCUAUGCCCUUGAUUUGAGAACUGGCACUAAAUGUAAAGUUAGAAGCAUUUCAUAUAUACUUCUUUUUUUGACGUUCAUAAGUGUACAUUGUUACCUAUAUUAUUAAAUGAUUUUGACUUUUCCGCAACUUUCGUUAUCCAUAUUGGGAACGCAACAAACACAAAAAAUAAAACGUGCCCGUGUCAAUUGCCGCGCGCCACGCCUGAUGCGCGGUAAAAAACCGACACCUGUCGAACGAGCGUUCGUGCGUUCCGACGAACACAUUGGCGCGCGUUCCAAAGUGGUAUACAUUUCGCUCGGAACGCGCGCCAUUGUUUGCCCUUUUGGAGCGCGUAGUCGAUACGGCUUAAGAUUAUGAGUAGUUACUACGAACUUGCCGAACAGGAAGGUCGUGAUAGCAUGUGCUGCUUUUAUUUCUAUGUAUUUACUAAGUGAAGACCGUUUUAACCGUUAAGCAUUUGAAGCGUAUAAUAGUGGACUACUAAAUUAUUGUAUGAAAGAUCUUUACUAGUGGAAUUAAAAUCUAUAGUAUGUUAUAUGUAAUGUAAUAGAAAUAAUUAAAAUAAAAAGUACCUUUUCCGGAA